CUUGUUUUUUACUUCUUCCAAUGUUCUUGUUCUGAUAAAUUGAGAAUCUGGGAUUAUGGGAAUUAUUGAACUGAGGUUGAAUUGGAAAAUUGAAAAUUGAAAUUUUGAAUUGGUAUUGUUCAAUUUAUUUCUGUCUUACUGAUAUCAACUGGGAAUUUGGUAAAGGCGUAAUGUUGCAAAGUUGGAAAUUUGGUGAAGCUGGAAUUCUGGAUAUUUGGGUGUUCUUGUUUCUGUUGUUGGCUUGGUCAGAUUGUUCUCGAAAGGACUUAAGAUGUCAAGUCAGGAUGCAUUAGAUGAACCUCAACCUGAGAUUUCAGACACUAAUUUGCAAGAGUCUGAAAGUGGCAUCAAUCAGUUGGAAUAUAAUGGUAUUAGAUACGAUAAGUUGGCUCCAGAAGACAUUAUAGGCGUGAAGUUUGUAACUGUUGAGGCAGCAGAGACUUUUUACUAUGCUUAUGCGAAAGCAAUGGGUUUUGAUGUUAGAAAGGAUGACAAGAGAACAAGUGCAAGGACUGGGAGAGUCACUAUCCGCAAAUGGGUUUGUUCUGCAGAGGGGGAAAGACUAGAGAAAUAUAUGGACAACAAUAAUAAUGUCCGUAUGCCAAAGAAAUUGACAAGGUGUCACUGCCCAUGUUUGUUCAAGGUAAGGUACUUCAAGGAGAAGAACUCGUAUGUCGUAGUUGAUUUCAAAACAGAUCAUUCACAUGAUCUUGCACAGCCACAGGAGUCUCAUUUUCUUAGGUCACAUCGGUCUGUCCCAGAUUCUCAUUUAGCUUUAGCCACAUCUAUGCGGAGAGUAUCCAUUAAGACUUGUCAUGCAUAUCAAUACAUGGCUGACAUAUCUGGAGGGUUUGCGAAUGUUGGUUUCAAAAUGAAAGACUUGUACAAUAAAUUGGACUCGAGUCAACGUGAAAUUGUACUUGAAGGGGAUGCAAAAGCUACACUUGCCUAUCUUGAAGGAAAAGCAGCUGAAGGGAAGCCCUUGGUAUUGUUUGUGGGAUCAAACAACCAUCUAUUGACUACAAUUUUUGGUUUUGCAUUAUUGGUAGAUGAAACAGUUGAGACAUACACAUGGGUUUUGCAGAUGUUCUUAGAGUCUAUGGAGGGCAAAAAACCUCUGGGCAUUUUGACCGACGGUGAUGAAGCAAUGGGAAAGGCUAUUGAACUAGUGGUUCCAGGUUGUCCACAUCGUUUAUGUACAUGGCAUAUUUCUAAAAAUGCUCAGAAAAACUUACGCAACCCUGAAAUAGUUGCAGAGUUCAGACGUUGCAUGUUUGAUGAAACAACUCCCUGUGGUUUUGAGCAACGAUGGAGAGCUAUGGUGGAAAAAUAUGGUCUUCAUAAUAGAAAUUGGGUGAAGAUGAUGUAUGAUAAACGAGAGAAAUGGGCUGAAGCAUUUGUGAGUGGACAUUUUUUCGCUCGCAUGCGUAGCACGCAGCGAUGUGAAGGCAUGAAUAGGUAUGUGAAGGAUAGUCUCAGCUUCAGUGGAGUGAAAUUGAUUGAACUCAUUCCGCAGCUUGAUAAAGCAUUGGAACGACUUAGAAAUAAAGUAGCUGAAGAAGAUUUUCGAUCAAAUAACUCCGCUCAUGUACUUUCUACCCAACUCAGACAGUUAGAGAAGCAUGCCUCUACCAUUUAUACGGAUAAUGUGUUUCAACUAAUAUGUGUGGAGAUAGAUCGGGUUGGAGGACUGAUAACUUCAAGGAUCAUGCAUCUGAAUUCAUGUCGUGUGUACAUUACGUCUAGUUAUAACAAUGAUGAAGAGAAAGAGUGCACAACUACUUAUUAUCAUCGGGAAAGUGAUCCUCGAGUAGUAUGCUCUUGCAAACUUUAUGAAUGUGAAGGCAUCCCAUGUUCUCAUUUAUUUAAUGUAAUGAAGCAUGAGCGCAUGAGGGAGAUACCUUUGUCCUUAGUAUUAAAGCGGUGGACAAAGCAAGCAAAAUCUGAAUUUCACUCCACAGUUUCCAAGGAAAAUAUGCCUAGUGAAGCUGUACGAUUGGCCAGGCAUGGAGAUUUAAGUUAUUUAAGUAGCAGGAUAUCAUAUCUUGCUUCACAGACAAAGGAGGGUACCGACAUUUUGAAGAAAGAACUCAGUAGAUUGGAGUCGAUACUUGGAGAUGUUUUGAAGCAACAAAAAGAUGUAGGUGAUAGUCCAGAUCCAUGUAAUAACAUUGUAAGAGAUCCUAUCAGGGUAAUAACAUUGUAA